AUGAACUUUCUCGCCGCUUCAAUCAAGCGUAGUUCUUUAUCAUCAUUUGUUCGGCCCAUUGCAAAACGUUCAUCCGUGCCCGCCCGCGCCAUGCAUAUCCAAUCGAUUCCCAUGUGGGAAGGUACCGGCAACAACUAUGCCUAUCUAGUGUCCGAUGAUAAGACCAAGGAGGCUGUGAUCAUCGAUCCGGCACACCCCCCAGAAGUGCUACCUGUUUUGAAAGAGCAGACCACUACUGGAGGCCUCAAAUUGACAAAGAUAAUCAACACACAUCACCAUCAUGAUCAUGCUGGAGGCAAUACUGAAAUCCUCAAAGCUUUCAACCUGCCGAUAAUUGGCGGACGCGACUGCGAAAAAGUCUCAACUACACCUGCUCACAACGAAACCUUCAACAUCGGCUCCAUCAACGUAAAGGCACUCCAUACACCAUGCCAUACCCAAGACAGCAUCUGCUUCUACUUCGAAGACGGCAACGACCGUGCCGUCUUCACAGGAGACACAUUGUUCAUCGGCGGAUGCGGCCGCUUCUUCGAAGGAAACCCCGAGCAAAUGCACAAAGCCUUGAACGAAACACUUGCAGCACUCCCCGAUGACACCAAAGUCUUCCCUGGACACGAGUACACAAAGGGUAACGUGAAAUUCGCCAAGACAGUGCUUAACAACGAUGCGAUCAAGAAGCUUGACACGUUUUCGCAAGAGAACAAGCAGACGCAGGGCAAGUUUACGAUUGGCGACGAGAAACAGCAUAAUGUGUUCAUGCGUGUUACGGACCCAGAGCUUCAGAAGGUUACUGGUAAGACGGAGCCGAUUGAUGUUAUGGGAGCGCUGCGGGCGAUGAAGGAUAAGUCGUAG